ACAGUCAUACUUAUGUACAUGUGUCCAAGCUGCACAGCACAAGUUGUGAGUAGAAGGGCAAAGCACCAGGACCAUGAGUUUCUUUGAAAAGCUGAAAAACUUGCACUGUGGACCUCCUCCUCCACCCAAAAGAACAGAUACCAUAGCAGGAUGUGGUUGGUCUGAAGAUGAAUUAGAUGAGGAAGAUGGUGAUACAUAUGAAGCUCCCCCUUGUGAGCGUCCUACUAUCAAAGUUCAGCAUCGGCAUGUAGAAGAGAAUGUGUACCUAGGUUACCCUGAGAGAACUUCAAACGCCACAAAUCCCCAAAGACAGGCAGGGCCACCACCACGACCAGCCAAGAUCACACCUAAAAUGAAGUCCCCUAGGCCACUACCUGACCAACAGGAGUUUUACGUUGAUUCCAACAGAAAAUGUCCUGAAGUCUCCCAUAAAGAUUGGUCGAGUAAGAAGUUGGCCCCUAGGAAGAGCCCACCAGCUGUACCUGCUCCUAACUUAGAAGAAGAUGUUUACCUGGAUCCAAAUGAAGGACAGAGUGAGAGAGAACCUACACACGACAUAUAUGUUGAACCCACAACAGCAUCCCCCCCUGUACCCUGUGGUGGUGUUCGCAUGUUUCCACCCAAAACAGCAGCAAGAGAUCUUCCUUUUCAUGUUAUGAAACCACCUGUACCUAGAGCUAAAUCCAACUCUCUCAACACCAGUGACUCAGUGAAUGCAGAAAUAUCACUGCCAGAUGUGAAGAGCUACACUAUUCCUGCGCAUAUACCAUCAUCAGUCCAAAGCAUCAGACCUCCUCUUACCACUGAGACUAUGAAGGAUUCCAAGACCAACUCACCCAUUGCUCCUGCAGUAGACAGUACUGCAACAGUAACACACCUUGGAGAACAGGAGAUGGGUCUGCAGGACAGAGAGUGGUUUGCUGGGAUAUGUGGCCGCAAAACUGCAGAGGACACCUUGCUGAAAGUUAAUAAGGAUGGCUCCUUCAUGGUUAGGUGCAGCACGGCUCAAAAUGCACGACAACCUUUUACUCUAGUUGUGCUUUUUAAUCAGAAAGUCUACAACAUACCUGUGCGCUUUCUCAAAGAUUCAUGCAGCUAUGCCCUGGGCAAAGAGGGAAAGAAAUGUGAGGAGCAUUUUGGCAGUCUACAAGAAAUGAUUUCUCAUCACAAGGAUAACCCCCUUUUGCUCAUUGACAGCAAGAGUCAGGCCAAACACACCACCUACCUCACACAUCCUGUACAUUUGUAAUAAACACAUAUACAUGCAUAAAUGUAUACAAUAUACAUACUCUGACAUAACUAGUUAGGCUAACUUGCUCUGAAUAUCACAAAUAUAAAUGUGUAUACUGAAGGUGUAAGCAAUAUAAUUUACAACUAUUAAUCUUUACGUUCAACGUGUAGAACAGGAAUGAACAUAAUUUUUAUUUAAAAUGUUUUUUUUUACUGAAAUUACUUUACUUGAUUAAUUACUUUGAUGUAAUUACUUAAAUAAACAUUUCUUAUUCUAAUUGGUAAAACAAUCUUGGAUUGUCUGAUUUUGUAAAGUUUUAGAAUCCUUAUACAUAAGGAUGCAUGCUAAAUUUGACUAAAUUCAGCCUCUGGGAGAAAAAUAAAAUUCAAAUUACUUUAACAAAUGGAAAUAUUACAGUUCAGGAUUUCCAGUAAAGAUGGUGGCCAUGAUUUCUCUGGUGACUGAUCUGAAGCCACAGGGAACUUGUCAAAACUCAGAGCCCUUUUCUGAGUGGACACAUCACAGGGAGGUCCAGGAUCUUCUCCAAUUACCUAUUAUUUACUAUUUACUUGCAAAAGUUAACCAAACUGAUAAAUACUGAAAUAAACUUCUUCAGGCUUGUAUGACAAGGAGCAAACUUUCCUUUAUUGCAGUAAGACUUCUCCCACAACAACAAACCAAAAUGACACCCAAAAGACAUGAAGCAUCAGUCUCAGUGCAGUCAAGUGCAACAUAUUACAAAAUUUUGACCCUGUGACCUUACUCACACAGAUAACUGUGUAAUCAUUUAUCCUCUAUUACUUCAGAUACAAGGCCAUAGUUUUAACACAACUGUAUUUGACUGUGAUUUUUUUUAUUUUUUAAACAAGGAGUGAGACAGAUCUCCCUGGUGUUUUAUGGACAUUUCUGCUUCUCUGAUUUUUUUUUUUUUUUUUACUAUUUGUAUGGUUUGCUAAAAGCAAAUAGAAUUUUUUUUAUUUUUAUUUGACUCUAAAAAGGGAAAAAACCUAUGUGCAUAUAUAAGCACUUUAUCCCAUUUUUCUGCACAUUCAGCUCCAAACUUGCUCAUUUUUGCAU